AUGGAGUGGCCAUUUAAGUGCAUCGGCCAUCUCCCCAGAAAUGUGGCUUUCGGUUUCUAUUCCUGGGAAACAAUAGUCAGUGCUGCUCAGAGUCAAACAACACUGGUGUCCAAACUGCAGGGCCUGCAGUGCCACUUCACCUGGGAUCUGGACACCAGCAGGGCCAAACUUUUACGUUUCAGGGAAAAGUUUGAGGAUUUUGGCACCGAGGACGGACACAGCUGGCUGGGUCACAUUUACAACCUGCGGGGAUUCAUUGAAUACAAGCUGGGAUUUACUGAAGAAGCCCAGAGUUUCUUCAACAAGGCUACAGAGGCCUUCUGCCAGAUAAGAAAUGCAGAUGAGGGUCCCUGGUUAGUGGUGAACUACGGGAACCUGGCUUGGCUGCACCACCACCUGGGAGACCCAGCAGAGAGUGAGGCUUACCUGACAAAGGUCGACGCCCUGAUGAAUGAAUAUCCAUCUCCAUCCCAGGACAAGCUCCACCCAGAGAUCUGCACUGAAAAAGCCUGGACUCUCAUGAGGUUUAGCACAGAUAAAAUGCCGCUGGCUCUAGAUUACUUCCUGAAGGCCAUCGAGAUGCAGCCGGACAUGGUGGAGUGGAACACCUGCCAUAUCUUAGGGUUAAUGUAUGCUUCAGAGCACAGCAGCACAGAGCAGGGGGCUGACAUCUUGGAGAAAAUGAGAAUCGCCAAAGAAAAGGAUCCAGAGAACUUGUACCUCGCAGUUCACUACCUCGACCAAUGUGCUAAGAAAGGAGAAAGAAUUGAAGAUGAAGCAUGUGAGCUAGCCAGGGAGGUUUUUAGAAAUCCUGUCAGCAGCUACAGUGGUAUUAAACCAUUACUUAUUGUUUACAGAAACUAUUUAUCUGUUGAUGAGGCCAUUGAUUUGGCAGAGGAGGUUCUGAGAAACCAUCCAGAUGAGCGUUAUCAGAAGGGAUGUGCUGCACUCUGCUACAAAUGGAAAUGA